AUGAAUAAUUCAACUUCAAAUCAAUUGAAUGAGAACGAUUUGGUUUUUUCUUCUGAAACGAAUCAUGCUGAUGAGACCAGCUGUGUUAUGGAUGAAAAAUUUGUCCCAAAGGUGGGGAUGAUUUUCAAGACACUAGAAGAAGCUGGAAAAUUCUACGAAUAUUAUUCUAAACUUGCUGGUUUUUCUACCAAAAUAAGAAACACGACUUGGGACGGAGACAAGAUUAAGAAUCAACUAAUUACCAGGCAGAGAUGCUCAAAUAACACAGGGAGCUUAGCAUGUUCGUGUGUCGCACCAUCGAAACCAAUGAGCAAAACUUACCAAUCAUUUGUGGCAGCAGCUGGUAGCCAUCGUAAACUAAGUUUUAUAGAAAAAGACAUGAGAAAUUACAUCACAAGGGAAGUACGAAAUAUUUCCGAACAAGACGAUGCAAAAGAAUUUGGGAAGUACCUACUAAGAAUGAAAGAAAAGAGCCAAAAUUUCUUCUUUGAGCUCAACCUCGAAGGCGAUCAUUGCAUCAAACAUGCAUUCUGGGCCGACGCAAGAAGCAGGGCCGCAUGUGAGUAUUUUGGAGAUGUGGUUUCAUUCGACACUACCUAUAACACAAAUAGGUACAAUUUGGUUUUAGGUUCUUUUGUGGGCGUGAAUCACCACGGUCAGUCGACACUUCUCGGGUGCGCACUGAUGAAAAAUGAGGACAUCCAAUCAUUCAAAUGGCUAUUCGAGUGUUGGCUCCGUUGCAUGGUUGGGAAGGCACCAAAAGGCAUUCUUAUCGACCAAUACGCAUCGAUUCAAAGGGCAAUUGAGCUGUGCAUGCCAACAAUAAUUCACCGGUGGUGCAUCUGGCACAUCAUGAAGAAGAUCCCACACAAAUUAAAUGGCUACAAGGGACACGAAGAAAUUGAACAAGAGACGAGUCAUGUUGUUUGGAACUCGUACAGGAAAGAUGCAUUUGACAGAAACUGGAACGAUUUCCUCACAAAGUAUGACCUUGGAGGCAACAAGUGGCUCUCAGAGCUGUACGAAGAUCGGCAUAUAUGGAUUCCAGUUUACCUGGAUUACCACUUCUGGGCCGGAAUGAGAAGCACACAAAGGAGCAAGAGCAUGCACGCAUUUUUCAACAAGUUCAUCACACGCAACAGCUCCCUGAGACAAUUCGUGAAGCAAUACGACAAUUGCCUAGCAAGCAGAGAGCAAAGAGAGAGAGAAUUUGAUGCUGCAAAUUUUCACACCGUGAUACCGUGUGCAACAAAAUCAGCAAUAGAGGCCCAGUUUCAACAUGUGUAUACCCACAAGAAAUUCCGGGAAGUUCAAGCACAAUUCAGAGAAAAAGUGAACUGCAUCACAAGAUCAAUGCAUUCCACUCUAGGUUUUACAAUAUACGAAGUUGUAGAGCAGGUUUCCAACUCAACAUUCAACAAGUUUAUGGUCACCUACGACGUAGUAUCACGUGAGGUAAAGUGUCAGUGCUUGUUGUUCGAGUCAAGGGGCAUAUUGUGCCGCCAUUCCCUGAGCAUCCUAAGCUUCGAGCGAGUGGAUAACAUGGCACAGAAAUACAUAAAUACAUAUUGGAACGUUAGAGCAAGAACAUAA